UUGAUUGGCUGGAUGCGGUGCGCGGGCGGGGGACGCGCGAGUUCCAAGUCAAAGUCGCCAAACAGGGACGCCAUGAAGGGCUGCUUUUUUGCGCACUGAAUUUGCUAUUUUUUCUGCAAUAGGGGGGGGAUUGUCGUCUUUGACGCUCAGCGUAACUUUUAAAUGAGUUAUUUCCAGAUUCUGCUUCACGGGGAAGUUGUGCGCUGCCGGUAUUUUUACGUGCUGACGCGAUGGUCUUCAGCUGUGGAGCCGCAACUUCUUCCCGCCUCAGACGUGUCGUCACUGUAGCCUCCGCGUGCGAACCGCUCGUCGGCCCGUCAUCAUGGAGGCUCUGCGGUGCUCCGUCAGCUCCCUGUUCGAGGCCCAGUUCGGCUGUGUUUCCGGGGCGACGGCGGUGCUGUGUUCUGGGACGGACGUGUUGCUAAGCAACGGCAGCAAAUCGGUGGUCCUCUGGAACAGCGCGGAACGCAAAGUGACGGGAGUCCAUCAGCUGCCGGGUGCCAUCAGACACGUGACGUCGAGUCCUCGCAAACGCGGCCUUUACGCUCUCUGUGAAAACGGCAGGAUAUACUACAUCGAUCUUGCGCAGCACCCCAGGGUUUCAUCGUCCCCCGCAUCUGCGCCUAACUCCCACGUGAUUGAAGAUCCCACCGCUUGCUCCUUUCUUGUGAUGGACAGCAUCCUUGUGACAGUAGGGCCGGCGGAUGGCACGUGGCGUUUCCAAUUUUACGAGACACCAGAUGCUCCCGGAACCCGUCACAGGAAGCUAGCUGAGCGUGGUGUCCCUGUGGGCCCUGUGGACAGCGCUGCUGCAGAAGCCAAUGAGGUGUCCGAGUGGCCUGCACUGUGCUGCGUGUUUGCAUUCAGUGCUGCAUCUGGGCUGCCAGAGGGUGAAGAACAUUACUUCUUGGAGUCGACUCUGUUUGGCCUCCUUUUUGGCAUCGACGUGUCUCUCGUCUCAACCCCAGUGGUAGUCUGCGGGCUUCCCGAUGGGCGGCUCUGUUGCCUGCCCUCCCUGCCGCAGUCUGCGAACAGAGAUGCAAAGCCAGGGGUGAAGUUACUCCACAGCUUGGAAGAGCCAGUUGUCUUGGCUGGGACCUCGAGUGGCGGCGAUGCUCUGCUGGCGGUCAGCCGCUUUGGCAAAGUGCUGAUUGUGCAAGUUGGAGACAGGGCUGAAGGGGGCAAGGCUCCUGUUUUUCGGGAAUGCAGCGUGCCGGGUCCUGUAGUGUGUGCCUGCAUCGGUAGCACACACCUCUACUACAGCACUCUCUCUGACCUCCUGGCAUUGCCUCUGGUCACUGGCUCGUCCCUGGACAGGACCGCACAGGAAAACCUGUAUGCAGACCCACCUCCAUCUUUUCCUUACCCAAGAAGCUUGAAUGUCAGUAGGCUGAUAGCACUGGCGAAACCAACAAAUACCUCUACAGGGGCCGUACACCUCGUGGCCGUGACUGUCCGAGGGAGGCUGCUGGAUAUAACCCUGCCCCAGGAGUCAGACAGAGGUCAUGUUCCGAGGGUCUCUGCCACUCAGGUGGGUCAGAAAGUGAGGGACCUUCUUACCAGCAUUGGGAACCUGUCAGACAGAGCAGCCUCGCUGAAAAGCAGCAUUCAGAUGAGGAAUGAAGCUCUGAAGAAGCUGAAUCAGGUAUUUAAUGUCUGCUGCCUGCUGCUGCCCAUGCAGAAGGGCAGUGAGGUGCCCCCUGUCUCCAAGCCGCCCAUAAGCAUCCACUUUGAGACUAGGUGGAUCCGUCUACUGCAGCAGGACUCCCUGACCCUGCAGUGCACCCUGGAGAACUCUUCUAGUUAUGUUCUAGAACAAGGCUGGACUCUGUGUAUACAGGUUAUCCCAUCAUACAGUGCCCUGAACCCAGAGGGCAGGGUGUCAACCAAAACAUACACCUUCCCACUCAAAAAACUCUUCCCAGGUAAAAAUACGGAAAUGGUUUUGCCCUUGACCUCUGGGAAUGAGCUACCCCUUCCUUUGAAGGUCACUUCUUCACUUGUGUACUCUUUGCAAAGCAUUCUGGGAGCUGUGGAAGCUGGACACCUCUUCACAGAAGGAACACCAUCGUCUGGUUUGACCUCGAACACAGGCUACAUCAGCCUGACUCUUGACACCACCACUGUGGAUUGGUUGGACUGUAUGCUAGUCACUGGUCCUACAGAUGAGAACAGUAGCUCCAGGCCUGGUUCUGCUUCCUCCACAAACAUUGUCCGCACCUUCCUGGAUGCACGGCGAGGGGAGCGGCAGGACCAGAGCUCCAGUGACCCUGGGGUUGGAACUGUAGAAGGAGGCCCAUUUGUCGCCACCAUCAGGGUAUCAUCUGUGUUACUAAGGGCUGUUCUGAAGGGCACCGGGUCCCUCUGCAGCUCCCUGCUGACCUGGCUGCUAUCUGGCUGCCCUGGCAAGGGGGUUAGAAGGGACCCACAAUGCUCUGUGGUGUGUGCCUGCUGUCCCAGAGGAAACACUUUGAGGCUCAUGGCCAAAGAGGUGUCAGUCGAGGACUUGGGUGAAGGCAGGCCGAUCGCAGCUGUGGAACUCUUGCUGGAGAGCUCCUCUGUGGCCGCACUCUGCGGACUGCACUACAGUGUUUUACGUCGCAUCCAGGCUUUACUUAAAGAGGUCGCCAUGGAGACAGAGGGUCCUGCACAGUUGCAGGGGCGGGGCUUGUGCCGAGCUUUGGAGCGUGUUGAGGUUCUUUUUGAGGAGAUUCAGGAAGCCUGUGGAAGUGCCGCUUUGGAUGUGGGAACAUCAUCGGGGAUAACAGCAAAGUUGCUUCACGUGUACCAGCAGCUGAGGACCAAUCCACUUCUCAUCCUGUGAUAUGGCUGUGUAUGCGCUUAAAGUCCCGGCCUUCAAAAUCUAAAAUAUAAACACUUGUUCUGCCUUACAUGCUUUCUCUGUCUCUGUACAGAUAUAAAAAUGAGUUUAUGCCUUUUUUUAAUUUAAUGUGCCUUCUUCCUGUACUAUAGGAAGUAAAGUAAAAACCAGUAUCCGUUACCAGUAAUGACCAUAAAAUACAUUACUAAAUACAUGUGACUGCUGUUUGCAGCAAAUGAUUACUUACACUUAUCAGUAGGGCUGAACAUUAUAAUCAUCACAUCAGCAGAACUCAUGUUUAAGCAGUACUGCUCAUGAACCUUUUUUGACCUGGCAGAUCCCCAGGUUUCACAUUAAAUUUCACUGCAGGAUAUGCAUAUGUGUGACGUAGUUACCAUGGGAACAUACGCCAACACGUACUACUCAGUCGUUUCAGCUGCGGUCAUGAGCUAUGGAGUCGUAGGGUAGGUGAUCCCUUAUUUAGGCCCCACAUGUUGGGGGAUGGAGUGCUCACAGACAACUGGGACUUCUUUUGGUGUCAUAGAAAGGCACUUAUUUAGAUUGUUUGCUAUUUUACACCAUCUCACAAUACCCACUGACAGUGCUCUAGGCAGGGAAACUGGAAGGAAAUCUAAAACUGAAACUUUGGCUAUCAGCAAAUCUUCUCAGCUGCCAUCCAGGAUUUUCAUAGCUUAAUCAUGUGUAAUUGUCAGUUACUGUGGCAACCAGACAUACUGUAAACCCAGCUGACUGUCAUGCUUAUCCAUUAAUUAGUUGGGCUGAUUUCAUAUAUGAGUAUGAUUACUGAUGGCGCAUAAUCACACAUUUGUCCUCCAUUUGAUUCCCAUGUGUUUUGCGCCUGGGUUUUUAACUGGGAGAUGCUGGAGACUCGUCCUGCCUUUAAAACAGUUAUCUUUGUGAGAUGUGUUUCUUGACUCCAUUGCAGGUUUAUGGCUGUCCAUUGAAUCCAGGGUGGCUGGCUUUGCUGCUACUGUACUUCAGUCUCAUAGACAAUUUCACAGUACAUGGAUGCAAGUCCCUUGCCCUGUAGAGGGAGCUAGAGUUUCUCACGGUCACAAUUUUGUUUCAGAUACAUUUAUCUGAUGCUUUUCUCCGAA